UGAUGUGGAGCGGGAAAUAUUAUGUAUAUAGAAUCUUACCACAACGAAGGCGAAACAGAGAAAUACGACAUAAUAAUAUAGAUAUUUAGAGCUUUGUACUUACAAAAGAUACACGGAGUAUGCAAGAGUCUAACGGGUCGAAACGGUGGACAUUGUCCCUUGCCAUCUGCCAAUGUCGAUCGGGAUGGGCCGGUGCAUCAGCAUGCAUGAGGGUGACGCCGAAAGGGAGAUCUGUAAACAUUCGAGUCCCGAUCGAUCUAGCAUUCCAAUGCCAAUUUGCACCUGAGGAAUUCCCCAGAAUGUUUCACCUUAUUUUUUUCCGUCUUAUCAAUUUGACAAGUUUCUGGGGAAUAUUUCGAUGCCUGGGAAUGUCGUCCAGAGAGUAACGGAGAGUCAACUUUGCGGUGAAAAACAAGACUAAACCGGAUUCGGCGACAUGUUUAGGUUAGUGUCGUUAGAUUUGGUUUAGUUCGGCAUCACUUCAACAUCUGAACCGUUGCGGUGUUGGCAC